AGGCUUAGCAUUGGAGUUGUCGGUUUGGCCAGGCAUCACCAAUCUCCUUUAGCUUCUCUAACACAUCGUACAACAAAUGAGAUAAAAUGUCUGGAUUAAUGAUGUAAGGACUCCAUUGGCUCCAUACAAGAUUAAGAGUACGCAACAGUCGCUAUAUAUGUUAAGCACACAUUUAUAUAUAUAGAGGAAGGAAUGUGUACACAUAUGAUGAUCUCUCCUAACAAAACCAACAAAUCUCUGUCUAAAUUAUGGCAAAGUUGUGUCUGAAGAAGGCAGUGCUAAUAAGUGUAUAUGAGGAGAAACCAACGAAGACAAAGGACCACCGCCACAAGCAUCACCACCAUCACCAUUACGUCUAUCAUAGCAUCCAACAAGACAAGGGUGGUGAUCAGCCUACUGGUAAAGGAUACAAUAGAAGAGCUGAGCUUCUUCUCUACUCUCAACGCCUCAGGCUGUCUGUUCGUCCUGCAGAAUCCUCUCACCUAUUGGAUCCAAAGCCAGUCUCUUCCAACAUCCAGCAACCUGCAGUCAAGGCUGUUGCUGUCCAAAGAAAACCAAAAGAUAAAAGGACUCCACACUGUCUAGGCAACUGGAAAAUCUUGAGUCUCAAGUUCUGCAGAUCUAUGACAAGUGUCCAAGCCAAGAAAGAAAAGAGGAAAAAGAAGCAAACUGGUCCUAAAAGCAAUGCCAUGAAAGGUGUCAUGAAAAGCCCAGAGGUGCAAAAGAAGAGGGGUUUCAUUACAAAAUUGCUUUCAAUGCUGCAGAAGCAUAGGUAAAGCUUCAAUAUAGGGUUUCAUUGAGAGGAUUUUGACAUCCAUGAAAGGAAAUGCUGAUUCUGGAAAAUGAUGCAUUUAUAAUAAUGGGAGAAGUAAAAUAUAUAUAUAUAUAUAUAUUUCAGUUUCAGAGUCUGUAAUUCAAUUUUAUAUUAAAAUAGUAUCUCGUGAUAUCAUGUCAUUAGCAAAUAAAGACAAUUUCUAGAUGCAUUUUAAGUAUUCAAAUUAAAAUCAUGAAAUGUGAUUACUAGCAGAUUCUUUUUUCA